AUGCCGACUUCAGAUCAGUCUGAUAUGUCCUUACCUUAUCCUAAAACUAUUUCCCUUGUUUCUAGGCAGGCGUGUGUCCCUGUGGAUUUUGAAGAGGUUUGUGUAAAUUCUGCAUCUGAGGAUGAAGAUGACAUUUACAAUGCUAUCACAGCUAUUCGCAGGAAUGGUGUUGCCCUCAAAGGUAACAUUGAAACUAAGCACACUAUGCCACCAUCUCAUAAGUCGCGGAACAAUCUCUUACGUACAAGUCUUGACCUGUAUGCCAAUGUUAUACAUUGUCAGAGCUUGCCAGGGGUACAGACGCGACACAAGGAUAUUGACAUCCUGAUAGUGCGAGAAAACACAGAGGGAGAGUAUAGCAGCUUAGAGCAUGAGAGCGUGCCUGGAGUUGUUGAAAGCCUCAAGAUUAUUACUAAAGCCAAUUCACUCCGAAUUGCUGAGUAUGCUUUCCAGCUGGCACGGGAAAAAGGUCGAAAGAAGGUUACUGCAGUUCAUAAGGCAAACAUCAUGAAGCUUGGUGACGGUUUGUUCCUCCAUUGCUGCAAAGAAGUGGCAGCUGGCUACCCAGAUAUUACUUUUGACAACAUGAUUGUAGACAACACUACUAUGCAGCUGGUUUCACGACCUCAGCAGUUUGAUGUCAUGGUGAUGCCUAAUCUGUAUGGAAAUGUUGUUAAUAAUGUGUGUGCUGGCUUGGUUGGAGGUCCAGGGCUUGUACCAGGAGCCAACUAUGGGAACAAUUAUGCUGUCUUUGAAACUGCUACUAGGAACACAGGGAAGAGUAUUGCUACAAAGAACAUUGCCAACCCAACUGCCAUGCUUCUGGCAAGCUGCAUGAUGCUUGACCACCUGAAGUUACACGAUGAUGCUGCUACAAUUCGAAAAGCAGUUCUUACAACGAUGAAUGAACACAGGAUGCACACUCCAGAUAUUGGUGGCCAGGGAACAACUUCUGAAGUUGUGCAGGCUAUUCUUAAACAAAUAAUUAAUGGUAAAGGCAACAGACUGGCUCUUCAUUGAUGU